AUGGCGGAGGGAGGAGCGGCGGAUUUGGAGACUCAGAGAGCAGAGGUCGCAGCGCUGCUUAAAACUCAGCUCCGGAAAGGGGACACAUGGUACUUAAUAGACAGUCACUGGUUUAAACAGUGGAAGAAGUAUGUGGGCUUUGACAGUUGGGACAAGUACCAGAUGGGAGAUCAGAAUGUCUACCCUGGACCGGUGGACAACUCAGGUCUCCUUAAAGAUGGUGAUGUUCUUGCCAUUAAGGAGCACCUUAUCGAUGAAUUGGAUUACAUCCUCGUGCCUACUGAGGGCUGGAAUAAGUUAGUCAGUUGGUAUGGGCUGACUGAAGGCCAGGAACCAAUCGCCCGGAUGGUGGUUGAGCAGGGAAUGUUUGUGAAGCACUGCAAAGUCGAGGUCUACCUCACAGAGCUGAAACUAUGUGAAGACAGCAAUAUGGACAACGUCAUCACAAGGCGCUUCAGUAAAGCGGACACAAUAGAUACCAUUGAAAAAGAGAUGCGCAAACUGUUCAGCAUUCCUGAUGAGAAGGAGACCAGAUUGUGGAACAAAUACAUGAGCAACAUGUUUGAGCCUCUGAACAAACCGGACAGCACCGUUCAGGAUGCUGGUCUGUACCAGGGCCAGGUUUUAGUUAUAGAGCAAAAAAAUGAGGAUGGAACAUGGCCUCAAAGUUCCUCCACAAUGAAGUCAUCUGAUGCUUCCAAUCUCUCUGCUUUGCCAAAGAUCUCCCCUUCAUCUCUCACAAACAAUCAUAACAGCAGCUUCAGCAACCGGAAUGUGAAGAACUCUAGCUAUAGCGUUUCACCAUACCCAGCCUUCAACAACUAUGAUUACACGGAACAGAGCAGGCAGAGUGAGAAAGCAGGCCUGUGUGGCCUCUCCAACCUGGGCAACACCUGCUUCAUGAACUCUGCUACACAGUGCUUGAGUAAUAUUCCUCCCCUCACUGAGUACUUCCUAAAGGACAAGUAUCAAGAUGAGCUGAAUGAGGACAACCCUUUAGGAAUGAAAGGAGAGAUCGCGAAGGCUUAUGCUGAGCUUAUCAAACAGCUAUGGUCUGGCAAAUACAGCUAUGUCACCCCAAGACCUUUUAAGACCCAAGUGGGCCGAUUUGCCCCUCAGUUCUCAGGCUAUCAGCAGCAGGACUCCCAUGAGUUGUUGGCUUUCCUGCUGGACGGCCUGCAUGAGGAUCUGAACCGCAUUAGGAAAAAGCCUUACAUCCAGCUCAAAGAUGCAGACGGAAGGCCAGACAAGGUAGUAGCUGAAGAGGCUUGGGAGAAUCACAUCAAGAGAAACAACUCCAUCAUUGUAGACAUUUUUCACGGCCUUUUCAAGUCCACCCUGGUGUGUCCUGUCUGCUCGAAGGUCUCUGUGACCUUCGACCCUUUCUGCUACUUAACACUGCCUCUCCCAAUGAAGAAGGAACGAACACUGGAGGUGUACCUGGUGCGACUAGACCCCCUAACAAAACCCAUGCAGUAUAAGCUGACGGUGCCUAAAGUCGGCAGCAUCUCAGACCUCUGUGCCUCUCUUUUGGCCCUGUCUGGAGUAUCUGCAGAUAAGAUGAUUGUCACGGAUAUCUACAACCACCGGUUCCACAGAAUUUUUGCCUCUAAUGAGAACCUGAGCAGUAUAAUGGAAAGGGAUGACAUCUAUGUGUUUGAGGUUGGAAUAAACCGGUCAAAGGACACAGAGCAUGUAGUGAUCCCUGUCCACCUCAGAGAAAAAUACAAGCAGUCUGGUUACAACCACAGCAGUACACCGCUUUUCGGCUUGCCGUUUCUCGUCACAGUCCCGCGCACUCUGAGCGAGGAGAAGUUUUACAACCUGCUGCUCCUCCGCCUGAGUCGUUUUGUGCGCUCAGCACCAGAUGAGGAGGAUUGCGACGAGACGCACUCAGGCAAACAUCACGCCAUCAAUGGCAACGCCACCAAUGGUAUACUGGAGGAGGGCUCGCCCAGUGAAAUGGAGACCGAUGAGCAGGAUGACGAGUCCAGUCAGGACCAGGAUCUUCCGUCGGAGAAUGAUAACAGCCAGUCAGAGGACUCGGUGGGUGGGGACAAUGAGCUGGAGAACGGGAUAGGCUUAGAAAACAUGACCAAAGGACAGCAACUAACAGGCCACAAAAAGAGACUUUUCACAUUCCAGUUCAACAACAUGGGCAAGACUGACCUGAGUUUUAUUAAAGAGGAGCCACGGCAAAUCCGAUUCGAUGAGGGACACCUUCGACUCAGUGACAGAUCCUAUCUUUCACUGGACUGGGAGCCUGAGAUAAAGAAGAAAUACUUUGAUGACAGUGUAGUUGAAGACUUUGAUAAACAUGAGAGCAUGGAAUACAAACCUCAAAAGAAAGCUUUCUUUAAAUUAAAGGACUGCAUCGAACUCUUCACUACCAAAGAAAAGUUAGGAGCAGAGGACCCAUGGUAUUGCCCAAGUUGUAAGCAGCACCAGCAGGCCACUAAGAAACUGGACCUUUGGUCUCUGCCUCCUGUACUUGUGGUCCAUCUGAAACGCUUUUCCUACAGCCGCUACAUGAGGGACAAGCUGGACUCACUGGUGGAUUUUCCUCUUCGGGAUCUGGACAUGUCCGAGUUUCUGAUCAACCCUAACGCUGGCCCGUGCCGCUAUGACCUCAUUGCUGUAUCUAACCACUACGGAGGAAUGGGAGGGGGGCACUAUACAGCCUAUGCCAAGAAUAAGGACGAUGACAAGUGGUACAACUUCGACGACAGCAUCGUAUCUUCAGUCAGUGAGGAUCAAAUUGUGUCCAAAGCUGCGUAUGUCCUGUUUUAUCAGCGCCAGGACACGGUAAAGGGAACAGGCUAUUUCGCACUGGACCGUGAGGACGCAGACGAGCAGGAAAGUGCAUUGGCGCGGGGGAUCAACGGUCAGAGCGAUGAAGAUGAGGACGAGGAAGAAGAGGACUUAAACGACAACGAGCAGGAUGAAGAUCUGGAGCCUAACCAUGACAUUUCCAUGAACACCAACUGAGGUGGGACUAUCAUGGUAGGAAAAAUGUGAGGGGAGGAAGCACCCGUGUCUGAAGCCAUAUCGAAUGCAGGAAGCCCAGAACACGCCCGAGCUGGAUCGUUCGGGUAAUGCCGGCCCAAAAACACAGAAGGGUGAUGUUAAAUUUUCUUGAUAAGUUUGUUGUCCUCAUGGCUCCCCCGUCCAGUCCUGACUGGAAAGUAGAUAGCGAAAGGAAUUUGAGUCGAUUGGAGUCAGGUCUGAACACGUUCCUGACCAGGUCUGCUCUUUUGGUUUGCCUUGUGAUAGUGUGGUGUUUAAGAGAAAGAGAAAUGUAUACCGAAUGCUUUAUUUUAUCAUUAUUUUGCCUUGUACAUAGUGUUGGAUGGACGCCGAAUCUGUGGGUUUUAACGAGACUGAAACUAACAGAGUGUUAAUUUGCACUAUGUUUUUAUUGCUAGUAUUAGUGCCAAGCAUACUGCAGAACCGGAUCACAACCACUUUGUGUUCACUUUGUCAGCUGCUCAAUAAGCUGCUUAUAAACCAAGAGUGCAAAUAUAUAAGCAUUAUUCUUACCAGAAAUGGCCUGAAAA